GAGGGAGGGAUAAGGAUUUCAUCCAUCCCCAGGGGAAGCAGCCAGUGCUGUAACAUCCCAGUGAACACUGUAAUCAUAUUUGAUGCUGGACAAAGUAUUUAAUGGCCUAGAUAAAAGUAUUCGGGUUGUUUAAUUGCUGCUUUACAUAGACCUACUGCCCUACUUUUACAAGCUUUAGAAUUGUGCUGAGAAAUUGUUUCCAUGGAAGCAGAGAUCACUAAAGAAAUAAUGCACUCUACAUUUCCUACAGGAUUAUUCCUUUUACAGCCUGCUGUUCUUAAUAAUUAACUCUUGUAGUACUGUUGCAGCUUAGCAUGGAUUAAAAGAAAUAACACUUUCUUUGGUGUCAUAGACACAUUACAUUUUUAAGAUAUAUAUAAAUAGUUGGAUAUAUAUAUAGUUGGGCAAACUUGUCUUUAAAUAAGUCCAUUCCUUCCUUAUUUACAAAGGGGAAAAUCCACCAGUAAAAGAAAAAAUCAAUGAAGAAGUGCACUUUUAUUUUUAACUAUAUUUCACAUUUGGCAUUUAAAUAAUGGGAAAUAAAAUACAGACAAAAUAUGAGGAGAUAGGUAGGUGAUAGUUAAAUGGAUUUUGACUUUGAAGGAGGGAUGUGAAAAUUAAAAGAAAAAAGGACAUUAUUUUAGUGUGGGUAAAUGAAUGACUUGGAAAUAGGAAAAGAGUUGCUAAACUACUACAGAAUCCUCAACAUGACAAAUUGGCUUACCUGGCAGUUUUAAUAAUCGUUUUAGCUGUAGAUCUCAAUUAUUUUCCAAGGAAGCUAACUGGAGUUAUUAUUACCUGAAGGAAUAUCCAGAUUGUGUCCUGCUUUGGCAGAGGGUAUUUACAUCCCAUUUCCAUGUGGAGCUCUGAUUUUACACCUAUUCCCUGGCAGGCAGGGUCCUUCCCCGUGUGCUCAGAGCCACGAGUGCAGGAGCUGGCAGGCACUGGAAGGAGUGGGGCAGUGCUCAGGUGAGCAGCACACAGGUAGGAGCUGACUGCAGGCAUUGGCUGGGAGUGCAGUGCACACACUGCUCUCUCUGUGGUCAUUACUGCUCUCAAAAUAAUGAUUUAUAAAGAGUCUGACAGGGUUUGACAAAUCAGAUUAAUGGGACUGACUUAAUACAAACUGGAAAAUCUUUGUCAGCUGCUGCCAAAGCACAUGGAAAUGGUAAUACAGGUUUGUAGAUCACUGGGAGACUUGGGAGCCACUGGAGUGUUCUGUCAAAGGCAUUAUUACAGUUCAGAUUGAAAAAUUUCUUAAGAAAGAACAAACAACUUUGUCAGGGUAACAUAAGCAUGAAAAUCAGUAUUCAUAGUGCUGCCUUAGGAUGAGCAUGUGCCAAAGUGAAGGUGGAAGAGAAGCUUUCCAUGCUGGAAAAUGAGGCUGCUCUCUGCAGCCAUCAACCUGGUCAGCUGUGGUUCCUCUUGAAACAACAGCUGACCAGGCAGCAACCAUCAAACUCCCAAAGGCUUUAUUUAAUAAAGCUAUGAAAGUAGAAAGUCCAUAACUGAUAAGAAACUAGAUAGUGGAAUGAUAGAGAUGCUGUGCAGUGAAAGACACGGGAACAACCAUGAUGGAAGUAGAGGAGUAGAAUUUCCUGAAGACGUGGAAGAAGCUCCUUCAACAGCCAUUUCACACAGUCCAUGCAAAGUCUAAAGAAGGAAAAGGGCCAGCUGCUUGCUUUAAUCCAUAACGGAAGCCCAUGGCAGGAGCUUGGCUGCUUCUCUUUCUUCCCUGUUCUUUCCUCAUCAAGCAGGAGCGAGGGAGGCAGCUGGAGGCAGGUGCCACUCCCUGAGAAGUAACAGGGAGCUGGGAAGCUGUUGACUGGAAUUUGGGAAGGAGAUGCCAGUUGUUUUGGAAGAAGAACCUGUUUGGUGGGUCUGAUUUGAAUCAAUAAAGGGAGCAGCACGCCAGUGUGUAGGAAUGAGCAGCCUCCAUCAGGAGAGUAAAGCUUUGGAUGCUGCCUGCUGUGGCUCAGGACUUUAUCUGUGCUUUUCUCCUGCACUAUGGAGCCUCUGUUUGGGGUUGUGCUGGGUUUGAUUCUGGCAGUCGCUUCACCAGCCCACGACAGCUGUACCUGUGCGACCAACAAGUGGGCAGUGUGUGCCCAGGACGGCCCAGGGAACUGCACCUGCAGGCUGCCAGGUUCAGAUCACCCUGCAGACUGCUCAACCCUGACUUCUAAAUGCUUCCUGAUGAAGGCAGAAAUGAUCCCCCUGCAGGAGAAGCGCCUCUGGAGACCUCCCCACGGGGUGUCAGGCAGCGAUGGCAUUUACAGCCCCGACUGUGAGGACAGCGGUGACUUCAAAGCCAGGCAGUGCAACGGGUCCAGCAGCUGCUGGUGCGUGAACAGCGCGGGCGUGCGGAGGACGGAGAAGGGAGGCAGGAGCCUGAGCUGCCGCGAGCUGGUGCGGACAAGGUGGAUCUCCAUGGAGCUGAGGCACGAGGGGAGCUCCAGGGCCUUUGGUGCUCCCGACGUGGCACAGGCCCUGACCCGGCUGCUUGAGAGCAGGUACCAGCUGCACCCCAAGUACAUCGCAGCCAUCAAGUAUGACCCUCCCCUCAUCCAAAUCCGCCUGGACCAGAGCAAGAAACCCAGGGGGGAUGUAGAUAUAGCUGACGUGGCCUAUUACUUUGAAAAAGACGUGAACAACGACUCCGUGUUUCCCUCCAACAGUAAAUUAACUGUGUCAGUCAAUGGAGAUGCUCUGGCCAUUGAAAAGCUCUGGAUUUACUACGUGGAUGAAAAGCCCCCAGAGUUCUGCAUGAGGCAGCUGGCAGCUGGCAUUAGUGCUGUGGUCACCGUGGUGCUCCUGACUGCUGGCGUUGGCAUCGCCGUGCUGCUCAUCCUCAGGUGGCUGCGCACAAGGACUUAUAAAAAAUUUGAGUGCAAAGAAAUGAGGGAAAUCAAAGCCUCAAGCUUAGAACUGCCCUGAGCUGAAAGAAGAAUGGCAACUACAGGAAGAAAAGGAAAAAAACAAGGCACAAAAUACAAUGAACAGGCUCGGUAUAUGGAUGGAUUUGGAGUUUUUUCCUUCCUACAGGAAUUUGUACAGCAAAUGUUUUAAAUUAUUCUUGUUUAGUAAGAAUAAAUUUUUGGC